AUGUUGUACGUCAUUGAAAAUGUUGAGGAGGAGAUAGAACAGUGGUGUACCUUAGAGUACAAACACAUCAGCGAGACUGUGGGCCCUUCCCGGGCCAUUUUCACGAGCGUUCCCGCGAGGCGUGGCUUGCCGCUGCCUCUGUCUGCCCUCCGCAGGCAACUCGAGGACCUCCAGGCGCAGCUCCGGGCGCGGGUGCUGCCGGACUCAGCAGACACUCUCGAGGAACUCAAUUGGGACAGAGUUCUUCUGCUGGAUAUGGACGCGGACCAAGAGCUCACAGUCGCCGACGCCGACCGCUUCGACGCCGUGCUGGUUGGAGGCAUCUUAGGCAAUGUGCCUUCUGACGACAGAACUGCUGAAGUCCGGAAGCUGCGGCUGUCUCACGCGAGGCAUUUGGGGCCUUUGCAGAUGACCACCAACACGGCUGUCUUGGUCUCGAAGAUCAUUUUGGAGGACAAAGUUUCCCUCAAAGACAUCCCAAUGGUGGACGAGCCCGAAAUCCCCGCAGGCCCCAACUCGAAGGAGUCGCUGGUGCUGCCUUUUCGCUACGUCGCCAAAAGUUAUUUGACGAAAAGUGAAAGUGACAAAAGUGAGCCAAGCAGCUUUCUGUCGAGGUGUACAGACAGCUGGCGAGGCGGCCUCAGUGCAUGCGCUGCAUUUCUUUCCUUCUUUUCUUUUCUUUUCUUUUCUUUUCUUUUCUUUUCUUUUCUUUUCUUUUCUUUUCUUUUCUUUUCUACUCUCAGACACCCCUAUUUUGCCCGAAGGCUUGCUGCCUUUCCUUAUGGAAAGCGCCAAUUCCCCGCUGCUCUAGCGGCAGCAGCAGCAGCAGCAGCAGCAGCAGCAGGAGACCUGCUUUAG